AGUUACUGUUCAAUGGUCGGUCGGGUAAAUUGCAUUUUGCAAAUGGCAGGCGACAAGUUGCCGUACAUCAACAACAGGAAUAAACACGGCGCUGUGUAAUUUUGUUAUUAAUCCGAAAUAGUGACCAGACUUGACAUAUCUAAUGAGGAAGUUGGAAACCAGAGAGUCGUGGGGCGCCGAGAAGCUGGAAGCGCAGCUAGAAGCAGCGCGCGAUAACCUCCGAGGUCUCGAUCGAAGUAUUCAAAAGAUUCUCGGCCGGGACCCUCCCGAUGGCGAAAAUCCUCUCCAACCAACGGCAAGGAUUGCCCAGAAACGACCGGUACAAGAAGAUCAUCGCAGACGACAGGUGGCUGACUUUGCAGUCCUGCCAAAUAAUUUAACCGUCUUUAAAAGACGGUGGGUCGCUCCUCCUGGAGAACCGAAGACAGUUUUUAGUCGGCUUAGUGCUCGCAUCCCGUCAAAUGCAGAUGACAGUGCCGACGAAGAUGACAACACUGCCAAGCCAGCUGUCUCCUCAAGAGUGAUAGCAACACCUAGAGAAAUACCUUCGCGCCAAGAGGUUAUUAGGCGAGAAAGAGUGGAUGAACGAAGUCGUCAGCGCAACAAACGAAUGUUUGGAGCUCUCCUCGGUACUUUACAAAAGUUUCGUCAAGAAGAAACUAAACUUAAAGCCAAGGAGGAUAAAAAAGCAGAGGUUGAAGCUCGUGUAGAGGAGGCUGGUAGACGGGAGAAGGAGGAGCUGAGGAGAGAAAGACAACAGUUAUUUCAGUCUCGGAAACGUCAACAGGCAGAAGUUCGCAGUUUGGAAGCUAAACUGGUGCGCAGCCGACAAUUUCAGGAAUGGCGCGCGUCUCAAUUACCGCUUACAUCAUUUAUUCGCACGCGUACUCAACCAUCUAUCUAUUAUUUACCAAAACGAAAACAUUCGCGCACAGAUUCGCUUUUAGCUCUCUCCGCAAAGGAGCUCAAUGAUGAGAUAGAAAGGAGGGAAAAAAUCCUGAUGGAAGAGCUAGAGCAAAUAGAAUUUCAAGCCGGAUUAGGAAAACAACUUUCCAAUGAAUCAAACAUAGUUUCGACCGUGCAAGAAGAACCUCCAACACCUAUGGAAGAGGGCGAAGAGAAUCGAGAUCCAAAUCAUGAAGUCGAACAGAUCGAAAAGGAAGAGGUACAGUCUUCAGGUUCUCCCACGUGCGAAUCAAAGGAACUAAUUCCGCUCCCAAUAGAUUCAGCUCCAGUAGAGGUAGCAGAGGUGCAAGAAACGCAGGAAAUGCAAGAAAUGCUAGAGGAUGCCAAUAACGGCUAGCAAUAAGUACAUUCGCCUACUCGCAUGUAUAUAUGGAUAUUGUACGUGGUGCCAGUGCCUGAAUGGUACAAAAAAGAUUGUUUUGAAUUACCUUCGCAAGACUAAUGAGAAUCAACGCGUUUGGAAUAAAAUCAUGUCCAUAAUCAACGGUUAUAUUACAUAAGUUAGAAUUUUUUACAGGUAAAUCUUUUCAAAAUCAAGGCAACUUAUUCAUACAUUUUAGUCUUAAUUUAUCAACUAACGGCUUAAAGUUCGUUCUGAGAUUCUAUAACUAUAUUGUUCUAUGAAUUCCAUAAAUCGAUAGAAUACAUGUUUUCAGCGCUACUUCCGUCAACGACUUGAUUACCUCGUAGUUUUUAUGAGCACUAGUGCUUAAAACCCAAUUUCUACCCACUAAUGCUUGUAAAAAUUACACAAUAUUUUAGGUUUUGACAAGAGGCAGUACAUAAAACAAGAUGUGUGCCAUGUGCGCAUAUAGGGAAUUAUUGGCUCGUGUGAGUUUCGCACAGCGCCUUUGCCUCGUUCGGCACUUUUCACUCGUUAAGAAAUCUCUAUUUUAUGCUCACUUACCACAAAAAUAACUAUUUCGUGUAAACCUUUUGAACUGUCGUCCUCGGUGUGUUAUAUCUCGUUAGGUAACGUAACGAUUUUUCCUUUCCAUUGCAUUAGAAUCCUUUAACUGGAUAAGAUAUCAUCUAUUUUACAGCUAUCACUUUAGCAAACCCCGAAAUCCGUUUAGGCGGUUUAUACAACCUGUAUAUUCGACACACUGUCAAUAGGCUGUAAGUUUAUACGACUAAUAAUUACGGUAUCUCGAA